AUGGCGUCUUACUUGGUGACCGGUUCAUCGCGUGGUCUUGGCCUGGCUCUCAUUUCCCGCCUUGCCUCCUUGCCCGCAGCCGAUGUGGGCAAGAUUAUCGCGACCGCGCGCCAGGACAACUCGCCACAACUAAAGGAAAUUGUGGAUGCCUCUUCUGGCCGAGUUGAAAUAGUCAAGCUAGAUGUGACCAACAAACUUAGCGUCCAAGAAGCGGCGAAUCUGGUCGAGGGAAAGUUACAUGGGAAGGGGCUCGACUAUCUCGUCAACAACGCUGGUUUGAUGGACCGGUCUCCAGACGGGCUGGCGGGAAUGGAUAACCUCGACGACAUUUUCCACACAAACGUCACCUCCGUUCAUAACGUGACACAGGCCUUUCUUCCUCUUCUCAGGAAAGGAAAGAAAAAGAUUGUUAUCAAUAUAUCGACAACUCUGGGCUCCUUCGCAAAGGCUGAAAUUUACAGGCAAUCUCCCACGCCUGCCUAUAAGAUUACAAAAGCCGCGUUGAACAUGCUGACUGUUCAAUACGCCCAGCAAUACGAGCCCGACGGUUUUACCUUCUUGGCCGUCACUCCUGGUUGGUUGCGUACCGACCUCGGCAGCUCUCGGGCAGAUCUGCCCGUCGAAACUGGAGCAGAGAAGGUUGUGGAUAUUUUACAACAGACAGGCCCCCACCAAAAUGGAAAGUUUGUGAACAUCCAUGUGCCAGGUUGGGAGAACCCACUAGGAAACAAUCAGUACGAUGGGCAAGAAGUCGGGUGGUAG